GGACGUGCCGUUCCGUUCCGUUUCGUUUCGUACGUUCAAGGCGCGAGAAUAUUCACAAUUUAUUUUUUGUUGCCUCUUGCACUUUACGGAUUUUUUUGGAUUAUUUAAACGGCGUGUUUUUUUUUUUGGUUCUUUGUUUUUUUGUCGUGUGAAAAUUUAGUUUUUGGAUAAAAACAAGCUACCCCCGAAAACGUAAAAAGACUCUUGCAACAGCUGCCAACAUGCUCAAGUGGGCUGUGAACCAGCCGCGCCCUUCCUACCUGGCCGAGCAGCCAGUCGCGGGCACAGAUCCGGGCACAGGCACAGUCCAUCAUGUCAUCAGCAGCUACAGCGACUUCCAGGCGGCAGCCACGCCCAUGCGCACAGCCGCCCUCCCGACGCAGCGGCUCAAGCUGAAGCGGCAAUCGCUGCUGCCGGGCCUCCUCCACCUGGGCAAGGAGAAUCAAUUGACUUCGACGCCGCUGCCCGCAGCUGGAGUUGGAGCACGCACUCCUCUGCUCCGGGAUCUGAGCAACAUCAUGUCGCCUCUCCACACGCCCAUUAACACGGCCAUGCCCACGCCCACGCCCACGGCCAAGGCGAAGCCCGCUGUCUAUGCCUCCACGCUGCCUACGUUCGAGGCGGAGUACUCGCCCAGCUACAGGGUCGACCAGGAUGGGGAGAACAACAACAACAACAACGUCAUCUUUCCAGGAGCGCUGCUGGCGCUGCGCGGCAUGGGUAUUCCGGACAGCUACUUCGAGAAGCCGCGCUACCUGGAACAGAAGCCACUUUCCCUUGACCAAGUGGGAGCUGCUCCCCCUGCUUCUCCUGCUCCUGCUGCUUCCGUUCCCAGUGCUGAGCAGACGACGCUCAGCUCCAGCCAAAUGGGCGAUGUCACCUUGGAACGCAUGAUCGAUGCCAUUCUGGAGAGCACGCGCAAGCCGCCAGCUCGUGUCCGUGCCCGAUCCCGUUGCCAUUCCCGUCUGCGCCAGCGGCAACGUCAGAGGCCGCAGCCUCAGCCUCAGCUUCAGCCUGGACAGCGUCUCAUCUCGACGAGCCACUCGCCCACCUAUCGACCCGCCUUCGAUCCGGCCAGCGAUCUGUCCGAGUACUGGCAGCCACCUGUGCAUCCGGAUGCCUACGAGGAGCGGGAAGUGUGCUCCCCACAGCCGCUCUCCCAGUCGGGAUCUGGACUGGAGCUGGAACUGGGAGGGGGAGGUGGAGGGGGGCAGGGCAAGCGGCGUUCUCUGCAGCUGAGGAGGCAGCGCGUGGUGCGACGCAAGCGGCAGAUCGCGACGAAGAUCUCGUCGAGCGUGCGCCAAUCGGCGCAGAAGCUGCUGGCGGCCGCCUCGCGCUCCGCCCAGAAGCUGCCCCACUCCCAAUCCCGCGCCAAGCAGCGGCACAUCAGCCCCGACAGCGGACACAAUUCCACCAGCGACUGCGAGCUGGAGGAGGAGCUCGCCUCCUUUGGGGCCUGCGUGCUGGAGGCGGCGACCAAGCGGCGGCUCAGCUUCUCCUUUCACGAGGAGCAGUAAAAACGGGUUUCGCGCGAAAUUCAAAUUCAACUAAUAUUUGGCUGUCGAAAUAAUUUUUACCAAUUUUUUUUUUUCGUUAUUUGUUACGUGAAGAAAUUUGAGAGUUGAAUUUUUUUUUUUUUGAUUAGUUUUUGAAUUUAGCAAAAUUGUUGCUAAAAGCUUUCAAUUGCCUUCUUCAAGCUGACAUUCCAAUUUAAGAUCUACCAAAUUAAAUUAUAAUCACAUUUUUUUUGUCGUAAUAAAAUUGCCAAGAUUGUAAAAGUUUAA